AUGAAGGGCCAAACAUUUCUUACACCUAAGGUCAUGCAAGGAAAACAAGAGUUGGAUGCGGGAACUUAUGAUGCAGAAUGUGCAAGGGAAGAGCUAGCAAAAGCAAUUAUUAUGCAUGAGUAUCCACUAUCAAUUACGGAUCACCUUGGCUUUAGGCGAUACUAUGCUGCCCUCCAACCCGUGUUUCAGGUUCCUACUAGAAACACAAUUAAGAAGGAGAUAACGAAAAUCUAUGAGAAUGAACGAGCAACAACUUUGAAGUUGUUGGAUAGUCUUGAUGGAAGAGUGGCCAUUACAUCAGACAUGUGGACAUCAACAAGUCAGAAGAGGGGGUAUAUGGCUAUUACAGCUCAUUAUGUUGAUGGUUGUUGGAACUUACAAAGUCAGAUUUUGAGGUUCAUUUAUGUUCCUGCUCCUCAUACAAGUGAUAGACUUUGCAAUGAAUGUAUUGACUGA